AUGAUUACAGAUUUGAUAAUAAAAGUGCUGGCACAGCACUGGCCAGCAAUACUUUGCUUGGUCCUUGUGGGAUGGCUGGUCAGGAACCGAUAUCACAAUGGUCUGAACAAAUAUCCAGGCCCGUUCCUGGCGUCGUUGACGGACUGGUGGAGGUUCAUCGAUGUGUAUAAGCGGAGACCAGAAGUUACACACAUUGCGCUUCACAAGAAACAUGGCCCUAUCGUACGCCUUGGACCCAACACCUUGUCCUUUUCGGAUCCAGAGGCGAUCAAGACGAUAUACGGUCUUAACAAGGGGUUUGUCAAGUCCGACUUUUACGUUGUCCAACAAUCCACUGUCAAAGGCCACAACCUCCCCUCCCUCUUCAGCACAACCGACAAUGAAUUCCACAUGCAAUUCCGACGCUGCGUCAACUCUGCCUUUGCCAUGUCAGCCCUCGUCCAGUAUGAGCCGUUUGUCGAUAACACCACCAAGCUCUUCCUGGAGCAGACCGAGAAGCUGUACGUCGAAGGAGGGGAAAAGGCGUGCGACUUUACCCGCUGGUUGCAGUUCUAUGCGUUCGACGUCAUUGGUGAGAUAACAUACAGCAAGAGACACGGGUUCAUCGAGCACAACAAGGAUAUCGAUGGGAUUGUUUCGUAUCUGACCAAGCUAUUCAACUACGUUGCUCCCAUCGGUCAAAUCCCCCUCCUCGACCGGCUCUUCCUUAAAAACCCUCUCUACCUCAAACUCUCCCAAUGGGGCCUCAUCGACGGCACCAUGCCCGUCGCCGCCUUUGCGCGCGCCCGCAUGGCCGAGCGUCUUCCCGAACUGCAAACCGAAAAGACAGCCAUCUUGCCCACCUCGGAGAAACAAGCCCAGCUAAAGAUCCAAACCCCCGACCUCCUCUCCAAGUUCCUCGCCGCCCGCUCCGCCCGCCCCAACUUCAUGACCGACACCCUCGUGCAGACCAUGGCCGUCUCCAUGGCCUUUGCCGGCUCCGAGACCACCGCCAUUUCGCUCUCGGCCGUGUUCUACUAUCUGCUCCGCACCCCGCGCGCGCUGGCCCGUUUGCGGGAGGAGAUUGACGAAGCGGCGCGCCAGGGCAAGUUUAGCGAUUACGAGACGGGCCUGGUUACGUGGGCGGAAGCUCAGACACUGCCGUACCUGGAUGCGUGUGUGAAGGAAGCGUUCAGAUUGCAUCCUGCGCCGGGGUUGCCGAUGGAACGGGUGGUUCCCCCCCAGGGGAUGGAGAUUGUGCCGGGGCAGUUUGUCAAGGGGGGCACGAUUGUCGGGGUUAGUGCGUGGGUUUUGCAUCGGGAUGAGAGCAUCUUUGGAGAAAGGGUGGAGGAGUUUAGGCCCGAGAGGUGGUUUGUGGAUGAGACGGUAGCGAAAGAGGAUAUGGAGGGGAAGAAGAGAGAAGAAGAGGAGAAGAGGAUCAAGACGAUGAAUGGGCAUAUGCUGCAGUUUGGGAUGGGGAGCAGGACGUGCAUUGGCAAGAACAUUAGUUUGUUGGAGAUUUAUAAGUUGGUGCCUACUUUGUUGAGGAGGUUUGAGAUCGAAUUCGAUGAUCCGAGCAGGGAGUGGGAGAUUGUGAAUGCUUGGUUUGUCAAGCAAAAUAACUUUAUCACCAGGUUCAAGGUGAGGGAUAUCGUGAUGCCCGAGAACAAGGAAUAG